GCCAAUUAAUAUAAACAUCAAAUUAAGUCCCUAGCUUACUCUGUUGACUUCCACCUUAUCUCAAUGAACUAUUUUAGCUAGUCUAUCCUUUUCAGGUUAGGGGGUGUUGUUUUGAGAGAUAAAAUAUGGCGGGAGGAGUUAACAGGAAGAUAUCAGCAGCAUCAGCCAGGGCUCACACCAGAAAAUCUAAUCAGAGCACUUCUUUCAAGCUUCCUCCAGGUAUAUUCCAGAAAAUACUAGCAGUCUUGUUUGUGGGGAUUUUGUCAUGGGUUUACCAGGCGAUCCAACCACCUCCACCCAAGAUAUGGGGCUCUCCUAAUGGGCCUACUGUUACAGCACCAAGAAUAAAGCUUCGAGAUAGAAGGUAUUUGGCCUACAAAGAACAUGGUGUUCCAAGAGAUGUGGCCAAGUAUAAAAUUAUCUAUGUGCAUGGUUUCAAUUCUGGUAGGCAUAAUGCUGCUGUUGCAACUACUCUAUCUCCGGAAGUUGUUGAGGAGUUAGGGAUCUACAUUGUGUCUUUUGACAGACCAGGUUAUGGAGAAAGUGAUCCUAAUCCAAAACGAACAGUAAAGAGCAUGGCCUUGGAUAUAGAGGAGCUUGCUGAUCAGUUAGGACUAGGAUCCAAAUUCUAUGUAAUUGGCUAUUCCAUGGGUGGGCAGGUGAUUUGGAGUUGUCUCAAGUACAUCCCUAACAGGUUAGCGGGAGUGACACUAUUAGCUCCAGCUGUUAACUAUUGGUGGCCUCAUUUUCCUGUAAACAUAUCUAAUGAAGCUUUCAAUCAGAAGACACCUCAAGACCAAUGGGUUAUCCGUGUUGCUCACUACACUCCAUGGCUUGUCUAUUGGUGGAACACUCAAAAAUUGUUCCCUGCUUCUAGUGUUUUAGCUGGCAAUUCUGAUAUUUUGUCCAGCCAGGACAAAGAAAUUAUGUCUCAGAUUUCUGCAAGAAAGAAUUUUGCGUCACAACAAGUUACUCAGCAAGGAGAAUUCGAGUCCCUUCAUCGUGAUCUUAUAGUUGGACAAGGAGCCUGGGAAUUUGAUCCUUUGGAUCUGGAAAAUCCAUUUCCCAACAAUGAGGGUUUUGUACACCUUUGGCAUGGGAAUCAGGAUAGAAUUGUGCCCGUUACGAUGAACCGCUACAUUGCCCAACAACUUCCCUGGAUACUCUACCAUGAGCUUUCAGGUGCUGGGCAUUUCUUUCCUCUAGCUGAUGGGACUUCCAAUGCUAUCAUAAAGGCACUUUUAGUUGGAGAAUAGUAGUGAGUAUUGGGCUAUCUCGGGUCGCUUAUCUGUUCAUGUCAUGCUUUAUAAGCCUGACAUUUCAAAUUUAAUCAUUCUAAUUUAUACUACAAAUUUUGUACCCCAUAUGGAUGUUUUUGUCUGUCCCGUGCUGCGAAUAUUACUUUAUAAUUUGUUCUCAAAACGAGUUAGCUGACUAUGAUUUUGCCUAGUGGAUAUUGUUUUUGUGGGUGACAAUAUAUGAGAAUAUCUGUUUAGGUUUGCGAUGUUA